AUGUUUGAGGCCGUCGGCUUGCAAACAACACCAUCACACCUAUCACCUUGGCAUUCUGACAGCAAAAGUAGCAGCUACUUCACCCCUCACCGGAACCCAAAAUGGCCUCCUUCUUCCAGAAACAACAGCAGGUGGCCGCUUUGGAUCCCCGUUUGGGUGGUCUUUUGGCCAGCGCAGGUUUGUAUAAUCUCAAAUCGCUGAUAAAAGCCAUUCGAUCAUGCAAAACAUUAGCAGAAGAAAGAAGUUUGAUUCAAAAAGAAUCUGCUGCAAUUCGUACAUCAUUCAAACAAGCAGAUCCAUUCAGCUUAUACAACAAUAUCUCAAAAUUGCUCUAUAUACACAUGUUGGGUUAUCCUGCCCAUUUUGGUCAAAUCGAAUGUUUGAAAUUGGUUGCAACUCCUCGUUUCAUCGAUAAACGAUUGGGAUAUACAGGAAUCAUGUUGCUACUCGAUGAAAAUACCGAAGUAUUGACCCUUGUCACGAAUGGUCUCAAGAACGAUAUGGAACAUAGCAACAUGUACGUCGUCGGUUUGGCUUUGUGUACCUUUGCCAAUAUUGCAUCGGAAGAAAUGUCAAGAGACUUGUGCAAUGAAGUAGAACGAUUGAUGGGAAGCUCAAAUAGCUACGUACGCAGAAAAGCAGCACUCUGUGCUAUGCGAAUCGUUCGAAAAGUCCCUGAUCUUCUUGAACGCUUUAUUGAAAGGACAAAGAUUUUGUUGACCGACAAAAACCAUGGUGUUUUGCUCUGCGGUGUAACAUUGGCCAUCGAAAUCUGUCAGCAAGACGAUGAAGCUUUGGAUCAAUUCAGACAGGAUGUUCCUCUUCUAGUCCGCCAUCUCAAAGCGCUUGUUGCAACGGGGUACUCGCCUGAGCAUGACGUAUCCGGCAUAACCGAUCCUUUCUUGCAAGUUAAAAUUCUACGUUUGCUCCGCUUGUUGGGAAGAAAUGAUCCAGCUGCAAGUGAGGCAAUGAAUGAUGUGUUGGCUCAAGUUGCAACAAAUACAGAAGCAAGCAAGAACGUUGGAAAUAGUAUUCUAUACGAGACUGUUUUGACAAUCUUGGAGAUUGAGGCGGAGAAUGGAUUGCGGGUCAUGGCUAUCAACAUCUUGGGUAAAUUCUUGGGAAAUCGGGACAACAAUAUCAGAUAUGUUGCAUUGAACACACUAAACAAAGUCGUCACCAUGGACACAAAUGCCGUCCAAAGACAUCGUAACAUCAUCAUUGAUUGUCUCCGCGAUGGAGAUAUCUCAAUCCGAAGACGUGCACUAGAACUCAGCUAUGCACUCAUCAAUGAAAGCAACGUUCGCAUUCUAAUCAGAGAGCUGUUGGCAUUUUUGGAAGUGAGCGACAACGAAUUCAAGCUCGGUCUCACGACACAAAUUUGCUUGGCAGCCGAAAAAUUCGCCCCGAACAGAAGAUGGCACAUUGACACCGUUCUUCGUGUACUCAAAGUGGCAGGCAAUUACGUAAGAGAAGAGGUGUUGAGUGCCUUUAUCCGAUUGGUUUGUCAUACACCCGAACUACAGCUAUACACAACUCAACGUCUCUUUGCCGCCCUACAUCGCGAUUUCAGUCAAGAAAGUCUAACGUUGGCAAGCGUCUGGGUAAUUGGAGAGUUUGGAGAGGUCUUGGUGGGAGGUGGAAGCUUUGAAGAUGAGGAUCUAGUGAGACAAGUGCAACCGAAGGAGAUUGUGGAUCUGUUGUCAAACGUAUUGGAUUCCCCAUACGCGAACUCACACAUUCGUCAGUGGGUACUCACUUCCAUGGCCAAAUUGCACGUACGUCUAGCGGGUGACAGUGCUUCACAGAACCUCAUCACGCAAUUGCUACAUCGAUAUGAAACAACUGUGGACGUUGAAUUGCAACAGAGAUCUGUUGAGUUUUCAGCAUUGCUGGGCAGAAGUGAUUUGCGUGAUGGCGUUUUAGAACCAAUGCCGCCACCAGAAAUCAAGGCAACCGUAAUUGGAACAGUGAGCGAGAAACGAGCAGUCGGAAGUACAAGACGGGACAAAGAUGCACUUUUGGACCUGAUGGGCGACGAUCCAGGCUCAUCUGCAGCCAAUGGAUCUACUUCCGUGAAUGGAAGAGGAGCAGGUAAUGCACAAACAACACAAGAUCUGCUAGCGGAUAUCUUUGGCGGAAUGGGCGAUGAGACCGUCACUUCACCCACGCCGGCAAAUGGAUCUGCUCAACAAUCUUCCAAAUCCUCUGUGCAGGAUAUCAUGGGCUUGUUUGGAAAUGAUUCUGCGCCUGCCUCUGCACCGGCUGCAUCAGGCAAUGCAUUUGCUGGAUUAUCCUCCCCUCCUCCACAAUCUUCCUCCAAUCAAUCUGGUUUGGAUGGUUUGGACAUGCUGGGACUGGGAUCACCUUCAUCUGCUGCACCAUCAAGACCGGCAGCCGCUUCGCCACCCCCAGCUGCAGCAGCACCUCCAUCAUCUACAGCCAAGGCAUACACAGCAUACGACAAGAAUGGGCUCAAAAUCACACUCACUCCUUCCGUCAAUCCAGGAAGGACGGAAAUCGUCAACAUUACUGCCAAAUUCGAAGCAACAGCGGGACAGCAGGUUCAAGGCGUAAAUUUCCAAGCAGCCGUUCCAAAGAGUCAAAAGCUACAAAUGCUAGCAAUCUCCAACGCAAAUGUUUCCCCAUCAUCACAAGAAACACAACAAAUGCGUGUCAUGACACCUAAAGGAGCACAAGUUCGUUUACGAUUACGAAUCGGAUUCACAACCGCUUCCGGUCAAACGGUUCAAGAUCAAGUAGAUUUCGCUGAUUUCCCUGUUUUAUCAUGAACAUGUAGUACUUUAUGCAUUAACAUAUUGAAGAAAAGGGGAAAU